GGCGGCUUUAUCUGAUUUUUUUUAAUUAUCUUCUUCACUUUUAUCUCUCUGAUUCGGCACCGACGCCGUGCCACUUCCUUCAUCGUCAUCUUCUUCCCUCUUCGUCUUCCGUCUCCUUCACCGGGAAUAAUUAAGGUCAUUCUCAUUUCCCUCCCAUUCCUUUCUCUGCGUUGAGUGAUUUUCCGACGGGUUGUUUGUUUCCAGGGGAAAAGAAAAGAACGGGAAAUUCAAACUGUGUUGUGAUUGUUUGUUGCGGGUUUUUUCUGGGUGUAUCGGCUACGCUUAGCUCGGUUUCGUUGUCCGGUUGUAUGCGCUGAAUUGCAAUUUAGGGUUCGUGUUUCUGGACCGAGUCGCCGUGGUGGAUUUCAUUUUCAAAUUUCGCAUUGAUUCUUGUGACGGAGUGAGAUUGAUCCGAGCUGUGGAAAUCAAUGCACGUUUGACUUUGGAACUGAAUUCUGGGUGCUAAUCACGAAGAUUAUUGAUCGCCUUCUAGUUUGGAUUGGCGGAGUAAUUUCCAUCCCAAUCGGGUCAUGAUACAAGUAUCGCCAGCUUUUUCGUGCUUCAUCGUUCUGUUUCUAGCUCGUAGUUAUCUUGAAUGAAUUCUUGAUGGGCCUUGGAUGCUACUAGUUAAUCACUGCUCAUUUUUUUAUGGAUUAAUCGCUGCUCAUUACUAGUGUGUUUUUCGUGCAGCGAGUUUUUUUGGAGUACUUUAUCUCGGGAAAUUGGUGUUUCGUGGUUUGAACUGAAUAGUCUAUACGAUCAGCUUCAUCUCAUUGUAAGGUUGACUUGAGGAACCCCUGCUGAUGAAGUGUUCACACGGAAGUUGAUAAAUUGAGCUGUUCCAGUAGGGAGACUGUUUAGAUUGCCUGAUGGGUGUAAGCUAUUUAGCGAUUUCAGUAGGGUCUACUGCUUUGAGCUUUGUAGGUCUCCAGUAUCAGGCAGAGCUUUCGUUGGAUAAACUACGAUCCAAUGGGUUGAUUGAGGAGGGUUCUGUUAACCUAGUAAAUGCCAACGAUGCCAUGGGGUUGCUAUUUGGUUCUUACGCCACCACCGCAUUGCUGGCAAAUUUUCUGUUCAACGUGUUUAUUCUGGUCAACCUUUGCCUUAAGAGUAUCUUCUUUGCGGACUUGUACCCUUCUGAAACUCGGAAACUUGUAGAACGUCUUGUAAACUAUGUUAUUUACAAGGGAACCUUUCUACCUCUAGUUAUUCCACCCACUGUAUUCCAAGUUGGGUUGUGGUUGAUCUGGCUGACCAUUAUGUGUUCUUUGAAGAUGUUUCAAGCUUUGGCUAGAGAUCGGCUCGAACGGUUGAAUGCCUCUCCUUCAGCUCAGCCGUGGACAUACUUUCGUGUGUAUUCAGCAUUGUUGUUUGUUCUUUCUAUUGACCUUUUCUGGAUAAGGAUAUGCUUGGGGAUUUAUAAAACAUUGGGUUCGCCCAUGCUUCUGUUGCUAUUCUUUGAACCCCUCAGCAUUGCUUUUGAGACAUUGCAAGCUAUGUUAGUCCACGGAUUUCAAUUGCUCGACAUUUAUCUCCACCAUUCUGCUGGUGACAGUGCUAACUGUCAAAGAUUCAAGUUCUUUGAUACCCUCAGAGCAGGUUCAUUGUGGGAGUGGAAAGGCACUCUUACACGAAAUCUGGGUUUUACCCUAGAUAUGGCUACACUAUUGAUGGCACUUGGCCAUUAUGUGCACAUAUGGUGGCUCCAUGGGGUGGCAUUUCAUCUUGUUGAUGCAGUCUUGUUCCUAAAUAUAAGGGCCUUGUUAAGUGCUAUCAUAAAGCGUGUAAAAGGAUUCAUCAAACUGAGAAUGGCUCUAGGAGCUCUGCAUGCAGCACUUCCUGAUGCAACAUUAGAGGAGCUUCGAGCAUACGAGGAUGAAUGUGCUAUUUGUAGGGAACCCAUGGCAAAAGCAAAAGGUUACACUGCAGUCACCUUUUCCAUCUUCCAUGCUUGAGAUCUUGGUUGGAUCAAGGGUUAAAUGACAUGUACUCCUGCCCUACCUGUAGAAAACCGCUGUUUUUGGGUCGAACUGAAAAUGAACCAAGUCCAAGAAAUAGAGAAGUUUUAAGUGACGAGCAGCUCGCACGCCAGCUAAGUGAGCGCCUUGAUCGACCAAACAAUGCAGGGAACAACUUUCCUGCUGGACCAUUCCCUAACCAAACUCAGAACCCUAUGGAGGGAAGCACUUGGAGAAGUGCAGGGCUUGAUUCAGGUUGGUUGCCUCAAUGGCCAAACCAGGGUUUAGAUGGAGGAGCUGGCCCCUCGAAUAAUGCCACGAGAUCAGUUGGAUUGGGGAGAGUUCAGAUGAUGAUGAGGCAUCUUGCAUCUGUGGGAGAGACCUAUGCCCAUACUGCCCUUGAAGAUGCUGCUUGGAGCCUGUGGCCAAUGAAUCAUCCUUCUCAGGGUAUGGCAUCUGGUUCAGCACUCAUCCCACCAAUUCCCACCGCUGCAGGAAGAUACCCCAGUGGCGUUGCGGGUGGAGGUUUACACAUUAGGACUCCCUCACGUCCUGUAAACGAAACAUGGCUAACUUGCUUGCUAUGGCCGAGACAGUACGUGAAGUUUUGCCUCACAUUCCAGAUGAGUUAAUACUCGAGGACUUACAGCGAACAAACUCGGUUGCUGUUACUGUGAAUAAUCUUCUUCAAAUGUGAGAUCUAACGACAAUGGCGUUUGGGGGGCGGAGCAAUCUUCUGAGUGCAGAGUGAGCAAUGAACCUAUCCUCCUCCUUUUUGUAGUAUUACUUACUGAGGCAAAGUGACAGGUUCGGGUAUUCAUCUGAGCUGAGGGUGGGAGAAAAAAGAAAGCUUUCAGUUUCUGAUUACAACCACUUUUUCUUUUUGUUUCUUCAAUUGCCUUCCUUCAUAUACCUAAAUGCCUAGGGUGUAUAUAGGUCUUAUGCAUCUCAAUUGAGAAGUGAGUUUGUGUCUGUUACUACAUUGCUUCUAUUGAAGAGGGAGCAUGAAAAUUAUAAAGGAAAAGAAGUAAUGGUGAUUUGGGAGGCAAUUAUAAGCAACAGGGGAACACAACACAGGUUGCCCUUUGCUGACCCCCUCACUCACUGUCUCUUGGUAUUUCGAUACGAUCCUAUUCUGCUCUUUGGCUACAUUUUGGGUUUUCCUUGCAUCGCCAUGGCGCGAUUGGCAGAUCUCGCCGUCGAUGAUGAUCGCAACAAGAAGGAGAGGCUGAUAAGUCGGCGGCGGCGGCGGAGUGGACUGCGGUGGACCACACGGCGGUAUACUCCGACAUUGUAUACACAAGGGGGAAAUCUACGCAACAGGAAGAGGUGUUGGAACGGCCAGAUUUACCACAUCCAAAAUUACGAUGUUAGAGAUGAUGAUACGUCAACCAGGGGAAGGGGAAAGAUGGUGUACGAGGGUUCGCCUAAUCCAACGACAAGAAGUUAUUUGGUGAGCUCCAUAUCAGGAGACCUUUUGAUUACAGGAUGGGUGGUCGUCGCCGGAGAACGGACGGACGGAGACGCUGGGUCCGACGUCGGGUUUCGGACGGGGUCCGUCGUCGGGUUUCGGACGUGGUCCGACAUUGGAUAUCGGACGGGGUCCGCUCUCCCGGGUCGGACGUGGUCCACGCCGGCGUCGGACCGGUGCAUUGCGUACUAUUCCGGCGUCGGU